AAGAGUAAACGUACGGUUAACAAUCUAAAUCCUAUUAUCAUAAAGGACUAUCUUCGCCAAAAUUUAUGAGUCACAAGAUUUGAUGCCAAAGGUUAGAACUACAAAUAAUGGAAUCAGAUCACUCAGUGUCCAAGUUUUGAAUAUCUUAAACUCGCUUCCAGAUGGAAUCAAAAUAGCCCGAAUUUCAAAAAAAUUAAGAAAUCUGAUUAAAGCCUGGUUCCAUGAAAAUAAAUGUAGGUGUUUUUUUACAGUAAAUUAACUGCCUUAUAAUUGAAAUUGCUCCAUGUUAGUCUGCAUUAGUGUUUUUCCACUAAUGUAACAACUAACAUUGGAUAAAUCAUACAAUACAAAACAAUACAAAACAAUACAAUACAAUACAAUAUAAUACAAUACGCUACCAUUCUUGAAGCCAAAUCGUUACAGCUGUACGGCGAGUCAAGUCCGUAAAAUGUGAAAGAUUAGUAGGAAAACAUUUGUGAGCAUUUCACUCCCCAGAUAAGUCUUGCCUAUGCUUAAGCAAAUGGUACGUAUUCUGUGCGGAAUGAUUCUGUCCCACAAUGGCUCCAUUUCUCUAACCGAUAGACCAAUCGCUAUAGCAUAAAAAAAGACCUUACAUAUAAUUGGGAGAAUGCUACUUGCGGAAAUGGUUUUCAGUAUGAAGAUUCCGAAAGUUUCUGCGACUCAGGUACUGUACCCAUGCUUUUCUUCUCCUUCUCCAUCUAUUUCUUCCUUUACAUUUUCCUUCACAAGAACCUUAGACCGAAAUGGACUAGAAAUGGAAGGGACUUUAUUAAUGAAGAUGGCCUGGAACAAGCCUAGAGACUUGUCAAACAUAGCCAGAAACAGCAUGGUAACAGUUCUAGUUUUCACAGACACAAAGCUUCAUUACAUUUACAGACCAAAAAGAAACGCAAGCCUGAGACAUAUUUAUGUACUGGCUAGAUAAUUUGCAUUAAUACUUCUUCAAACAUGUCAGAAAACGCUGAAAGUAAAGAUACGGUGGCAGAUUUACAGAAUUAAGCUUCUGAAUUGUUUUAGAAAUUUUGAAGUUUGAACACUUUUUCUGAAACGAUACGAAAUAAUAACCUUAACUUUCAUCUUUCAUAAAGUUAAAUCUGCUUUAUCUUGGAUGAAGUGUGGCCAUUGAGAGACCUGAACAAUCUAAAAACAUGCCUACUUGUGUUUUCUAUACACAUUCUUUGAGUCGGAGCUUUAAAAGUAAAAAUUUCGACUUGCAUUUUUUAAAAAAACUUAUGUUGUCAGCCCACCGAUAAGGUCAUCGCCAAUAAAAUUCCAGUCCUAUAAUCCAAUUUGUUAUUCCUGUUCUCAAAUCCUUAUGAUAUAAUCAUUUUUCGUCGAAUUGCAAUUCAAAAACAUUUAUUGUUUGCUGAUUUCAUGACUUCAGUAACCACACAACAUCGUCACGAAAUUACACCUAUGGUUGCGAAAAGUUCAGAUCUUUCCCUACAUCUCUGUUAAAAACAGAUUUUGUUACCUUAAAACCCCUCCAGCACAAGCACACAUUCUAUCAAACAAGCUCUUUUGUGUCGGAGAUUUGGCCGCUUGAAAUAAGGAACACAGAGAAGCUUAUUGUUUUCAUUUUUACCUGGCUAUUGUUACUUGUCCGUACUCAAAGAGAAAGUAAUUUCUGUUUCUAAUCUAUGUAGAAUACUGAACAUAGAAAAAUCUAAAUUAACCAAACAGGUGUACGAAGAAGGAAGACUAAACAUGGAAAACUAUUGGUAUGAUGAAACUCAACUAGUUUUUUAAAUCAGGUCCAAACUUUCUAAAUAAAAAUUAAACUUUAUCUUCAGAAGAAUGGUAAAAAUGGAAAAUUUUACAACGCUGUUUGCAGGAGACGUGGGGCACAUGAAAAUUAUAUUUAAAGCUUUGAAUGGAAUGCCCAAAAUUCAACGAGAACAUACCAGAAAGUAAAAGAUGGCUUUAAAAAAGCAAGCAUUUUUAAAGAGACAUUUGAUCUUUUCAUCUGACACUCUUCAGAGUAUAUUCACUUUUUAGCGUAGAUUUUUCGAUCAAUGUUCUCACGUUCUGUACUCUGAAGAGUGUCAAAUGAUAAGUUUAAUAAUGUUUCAAAAUGAUUGUUUUUCCAAAGCCCUUUUUAUAUUCUGUACCACAAAAACAGAGUAACAGUAUCAUAAUUUUAUGCUGAACACACCCAGACAGUUGACAAAGUAUGGAAACAAGUAUAAUUUGCCCUGCAUCUAUGUAGAGUACACAAUUUGUAUAAGAAUACCUUGAAAUUUUUUCUGUGCCUUAGUAUUCUUAAAUUUCUUCAACGUUGAAUUAAAUCAUUUUUUAUAAAUUAUUUAGUUAACUAUAUUCUUAAUUCACACCAUCGCAUAUGAAAAUAAAUGUUUUUCUUUCCACGGAUUUAAAGUUUCGCCCAACACUCAGAAUGUCGUGGGAUUACUUAUGAAAAUCGGGUCUGUUAUCAAUAAGUAGUUUGAAAGCAAUGAAUGAUUUUUUAAAACGCAAACUAAAAAACUUAUACUUUUAGCAAACUUCGAACAUGGCUAUCAUUCUCUAUUCAUCCUUGAAUUUUAUUAAUAUUGAGUGUGAAUGUUUUUAAAACUACUUUAUUUUUUGAGAAAUGUAUAAUCAUCUUCGAAAUGGAGAUAUGGCUAGAAAAAUAAUGGAAUCUGAAAUGUUCUGUCAAAAGCAGAUGCGUAAGAUAAAAGCUAGUAAUGACAAAUACCAAGCUGGCAUUAAAGAGCCGAAUGAUGAUUUUACAAUUAAUUUUCCUGGGAAUAAGGAAUAUAAUUCAUUCUGUGAAAGGCAAAUAAUGAGAUUAAGGAAUGGACGAAGAAAUUCUAAAGAAAAGGAAAGAGAUGCGGACUUCAACCUUUUGUCAGAAAGUUCUCACGAUACUGAUGGUUGGAAAUUUCAGAUAGAAAAAUUGAAAAUAGAAAACAUGAACGCUCAUCUAGAAAAGGUAUCUCGAGAGAAAAGCGAACACAUUGCUGGCAAAAAUAAACACAGCGCUUUGGUCGCAGAAAUGAAGAAAAGAGAGUUUGUUAAAAGGAAGUUACAGAUUCUUGCGGAGUCAAAAACCCAACAAAAAUACGUUGAGCACGUCACAGAGAAGACUUCUGCUAUGCUAUUGGCAGAUAUUGUAAAGAGUUCCGUACACCCAUUGGCGACAAAAGAAGAGGUCUGGAAAGAACUCCUCAAACCUCUAAAUGGUCCUGUUGUGAGGGAAAUUGAUGACAUCAAAUGAAAGGACUUUAGCGACUGUAUCGUAGAUGUGACUUGUAAUUAUUCCAAAGUUUGAAUUAGUGAUUCGUGAAUUUUAACUAAUUUAAUAACUUAAUUAUUCAAAGAGCAUUUCUCAUUCGGAUUGCACCAAAUCAGACACGUUGUGUCAUUACACCCGUUCAAGCCACCCUUAUUAGACUACUUUAGGACUACCUUUGAAAAGUUUUACACAACAUUGUCUCUCUCACUGGAACAUUGAUUGCAGCCAAACUUGUACGUUGUUAAGACAGCCAUGCAGUUGUGACACUUAGUUGAAGAGAUCAUCAUUACCCCCAACUUUUCUAUAGAAAUCAUUUACCGAAAUUGUCUACUGCUGCAGAAAGUCUGCUAUCUGUUGCCUCCCAUUGCAGCAGUUCCCCACUUCCAACCGAGGAUUAAAUCUCUUUUCAAAGUAGUGUACUAGACGUUUUUUUAACAAUAGGAGCUUUGGUAAUUUUAAGGGAUUUUCCACAAAAAUAAUUUUUGUCGAAGACAAUCAUCGAUUUUCAUGAAAUGACAUGCAUCUCUCUUUCAAUGGCUCGGAAUUUAUACAAUGAAGGAACUAUAUUUUUUUAUUUCUACGAAACGGUACUAUUUCUAAGAAUAGCACAAUUAUGUAUUGACUUUAAUUUUCAUGUUCAAAGUUUGUUAUUAAAUAUGUUGAAAAUUUAUCAUGUUUGACAGGUUAUGUUAGAAUAAAACUAUUUACGGGAAAGUGUUUUGCUUCUAUUGGAAAAAAAGUAGGGUUUGUAACUACGAUGAAUUACAGUCCAAGAAAAACCUUCAGUGGAAGUGAACAAAAAAAGAGAGGUUCUACAACCGAGAUAAAGGCUAAACUUCUUUAAAGGCAAACCCUGCAAGGAGUAUCUAUAGGAGUCUGGCGGCCUGACUGACAUUAAGUCAAAAACACACGUCGAAUAAAAGAAAUAUUUAAGAAGAAUCCAUAACGAGUCCGGCUGUUUGACAUUAGGCCAGAAACACGAGUCGAAAAAACGAACGUGUAAAAAAGAUUCCACAGCGAGUCCGGCUGCUUGACAUUAGGCCAGAAACACGAGUCGAAAAAACGAACGUGUAAUAAGAUUCCACAGCGAGUCCGGCUGCUUGACAUUAGGCCAGAAACACGAAUCGAAAAAACGAACGUGUAAAAAAGAUUCCAUAGCGAGUCCAGCUGCCUGACAUUAAGCGGAAAACACGAGUCGAAAAAGAAAAAUCCAUAACGAGUCCGGCUGCCUUAAUUUAGGCCAAAAACACGAGUCGAGAAAAAGAAACAUGUACGAGUCCGUAACGAAUCCUGCUUUAAAUCUGGCCGAAAGUACGGAUCAAAAAAUAAACGAAACGUGUAAGGAGAAUACUUAACGAGUCCGGCUCCUGACAUGGAGCAGCUUUUUAACAAAAAAGAAUACAGUAUGUUCAAAGUAAUUGCGGCAUUAAAAAAGAAGAUAACGUCAAAGUUUUAGGAAAACAACUUACAGUUUAGGCCAAGGAUAUCCACAGCACUGACUAGAAACGAGGUAUAUGUUCGCUCGACACCGUCGUUCGAAUGAAUAACAAAAAAUCAACCGUCACAAAUGUAGUUUUUCUUAAAUCAAACCUUGACAGUAAUGCAGAUCUUUGUUAUCUAGGACAUGCAUGCUUAGACAUUGUAAAAGUGAUUCCCCAAGAGGAAGCUUCGUGCAACAUUGAGCAUAAAAAUGUUUUCCAGUAUCAAAGGAAUAGUACGUUUGUGACUGCGCUUGUGACACUGUGAGGUGUUAAGUAGUAGGAGAGCGCUGUUUUCUUGAAAGAAAGUGUACUGCCUGUUGCUGCCUGUUGCUGGAGAAAAUUUCUUACCUUACCUUAAAAUAGUCGAACAGUUCAGAUCAACUGCUUUGCAUUUACCGUUCUGCCUUGCUGAUUAAAAUCAGGAAAUCAAAAUUGUGUAUCCAUUUGUUUUCUAUCAUUAUCAUUAUAGCUAAAGGAGAAUUUGAUAUUAACAAACGAAUUACGUGACCCUAUAGAUAUUGCCGUAAAUAUGUACAAACGCCACCCAAGUAUAAAACUGAUAAAGCAUUAGGAAGAAAGGGUAACUGUCAGUGAAAAAUUGUCUUUCCAGCAAGUUUUUUUGGAGGAUAUAUUGAGUCAGCUUAAGAACUUAGCUCCGACUAAAGCUUCUCAUUUUGGCAGCAUACCUUUGAAAAUAUUAACUGAACAUUCUGAUUUGUUUGCUCCAUUGGUAUAACUCUUCAUGAAUGAGAAUAUAGAUACAAGCAAAUUUCUAAUAGAAUUAAAGAAAGGAGAGAUUACAUCUCUCUUUAAGAAUGGUGAUGCCUUUGUAAAAAAGAAUUACAGGCCUAUAACAAUCUUAACGGCUAUAUCUAAAAUUUACGAAAGAACAUUUUCAGGUCAAAUUACUCAUUACAUGGAGAAUAUUUUGUCUCCUUAUCUUUGUGCCUAUCGCAAAAGCUAUAACACCCAACAUGCACUCCUUAGAUUGAUUGAAAAAUGCAUAUCUUUCCUAGAUAUGAAAGGGUUCGCAGGUGCAAUUCUAAUAGACCUUUCAAAGGCGUUUGAU